CUUAAAUUUCGGAGAAAUUAUCCAGGAAGUAGCCGAAAAUGUUUGUUUAUAAAAAAAUAGUGUAACGUCUAUGGCCUUCAUUGUGUAGUCUCAAGACGUUGACUGAGCACUUAGUUUCAAAUUACUAUAACAUAAGUGUUUAACAUUGACAUAGUGCAAAGGACAUGUACGAUACAGUCGCCUUUAACGCUCAGCUAGCCUCCAUCGUUGAGGUUUUGGCAAAUGCAGCCGUUGCCGAAAUCUGCAAACUUGUAGAUGAUGGCCAUGCUGCCUUACGUUUGGAAAUUUCCCAUAGCCAGAAAGAAAUCGAUAACCUGCGGAGGAAGCUGCUGCUGACAAAAUUCCAGAAUUCUCGACGAAGCGCAGAGAAAUUCGGAGCCCUCCGGCACACUGUCAGCAAGCGGGACACAGAUCUUGUUGCCCGGGUUAGAGGGAGCUUCCAAGUGGAGAAUCGCUGUGCUGAGCGUAAAGGGAGAAAUUUUACGCAGGAUGCCACCAGCUGGAGAGACGCAGGACGCACAGCGACAGACAAGGAUGUGGGCAUGCCGAUGGCAGAUAUGCAAGAGAUGCCUCUUAUCAAAAUGGAGAACCUUGGCACCAGCAGUCCGGAAGAGAUUGUCCAACCAGUCAGUGAGAGCUGUGAGAAGAUCAUUGUGGCAGAACAAGGUUCUUCAUCAUCUACUGAAACCACAGACCUGGACCAGCAGGGCAACAGACACAGAGCUCCAGACACCUCACUCAAUAUAGAACCUGAAAACCAGACGUUCCAGCAUCCAGCGUCACAAUACAACAGAACAAGACAGGACCAUCAGGUUGCUGAGGGUGUGACCUGGGAAACUGACCAUCAACCCAUAGAAUACAGCCUGUCCCAAUGGACAGAGAACCAAGAGACUGACAACCCAACUGUGAAUGCUCCUCACAAUGCAGGGCCAGACUCCAAGAGGCUGUCUGAACAUCCAGAGAGGAGAGGGGCGCCAGGUAACUCAGGGGUCAGCAUGUCUGCUUUGGGCUCUCUGGACUGGCUGCCUGAUGUGGUGCUGGUGGACUCAGUUCCCAUUAAAGUGGAGGCAGAUAUGAGUUCAGAAUGGAGCAUAACUGGCCAAGAGUUGACAUCUGGAGACAUCUGUUCAGACGGCAGGCAGCUUGUGGACAACAGAGGAAGAGGGGGAAUGGAGUCUGGACAGACAAAGUGUCCCCCUGACACUCAACAUGCGGAGCAAGGGACAACUGUAGGAUCAAGGUCCAAGUUGCCAGAUUUCAACGGACUGUCCACCCAAAACAGCUUUUCAUCCCCAAGUGUGACUCUCCUCCAGGUUCCCCGAAGAGGGAAGCCAGUCAACUUCCCGAAUUUCAACAGAGGCUUCACUUCAUCGAAAGGCAUAGAAAAGCAGCCACAACAGCUGAUGUCUCACUCCACCCAGAGGCAGCUCCGGUGCAGCCUCUGUGGAAAGCCCUUUCCCAAGCCGGCGCACCUGCAGAGGCACAUGCGGGUCCAUACGGGUGAGAAACCGUACGGCUGCAGCCACUGUACCAAGCGCUUCUCCCACAGCCACCAGCUGAAGAUGCAUGAGAGAGUCCACACCGGAGAGAAACCAUUUCUAUGUGUCUACUGUGGGAAGUGCUUCACCCAGUCUGGCCACAUGAAGAAGCAUCUCCUUGUCCACACUGGUGGCAGGUCACAGGAUAUUAUGCUGCCACAAGUAGUACAAUUGAAGGCAGGGAAGGGCAAGACCACCCUCAGACAUGGCCGCCCCAGGUUCCCAGAUGUCAGCGCACCCCUGGCACUGGGAAAUGGACCUGGCGACCCAGCAGAGAUUGUCCAACCAGUCAGUGAGAGCAGUGAGAAGAUCAUUGUGGCAGAACCAGGUUCUUCAUCAUCUACUGAACCCACAGACCUGGACCAGCAGGGCAACAGACACAGAGCUUCAGACACCUCACUCAAUAUAGAACCUGAAAACCAGACGUUCCAGCAUCCAGCGUCACAAUACAACAGAACAAGACAGGACCAUCAGGUUGCUGAGGGUGUGACCUGGGAAACUGACCAUCAACCCAUAGAAUACAGCCUGUCCCAUUGGACAGAGAACCAAGAGACUGAUAACCCAACUGUGAAUGCUCCUCACAAUGCAGGGCCAGACUCCAAGAGGCUGUCUGAACAUCCAGAGAGGAGAGGAGUGACUGGUAACUCAGGGGUCAGCAUGUCUGCUUCAGGCUCUCUGGACUGGCUGCCUGAUGUGGUGAUGGUGGACUCAGUUCCCAUUAAAGUGGAGGCAGAUAUGAGUUCAGAAUGGAGCAUAACUGGCCAAGAGGUGACAUCUGGAGAGGUUCCCCAAAGAGGGAAGCCAGCCCCCUUCCUGAAUUUCAACAGAGGCUACAAUUUUUCAUCGAAAAGCAAAGAAAAGCAGGCGCAACAGCUAACAUCUCACUCGCCCAAGAGGCAACUCCGGUGCAGCCUCUGUGGAAAGCCUUUCCCUCAGCCGGCGCAACUGCGGAGUCAUAUGCGGGUCCAUACGGGGGAGAAACCGUACGGCUGCAGCCACUGCACCAAGCGCUUCUCCCACAGGCACCAGUUGAAGAUGCAUGAGAGAGUCCACACCGGAGAGAAACCAUUUCACUGUGUCUACUGCGGGAAGUGCUUCACCCAGUCUAGUCACAUGAAGAGGCACCUCCUCGUCCACACUGGUGGCAGGCCACAGGACACUGGAGGAGGAGGGUGCAGGGAAGAGUGUGACGAUGACUGUCACUUUCUGGACAUCGACAUGGCAGAAGAGAAGAGCCACAGGUUCCUUUGGGUGCCAGCACACUCCUGGCCCUUGAAACAGAUCUGGCGACCCAGCACGUGCAAGAAUCCCCAGAGGUACCAUGGUCUGGGGAAACCUCAUCUCCUGGAGCUUCCUCUGGAGUCGCUGGUGUGGAUCUUCUGGGAUAUGCUGCGUGUGGACGGGAAGAGAGGCUGCUGGAACCUGUCUCUGCAUAGUGCUAAGGACAUGUCCGAUACUGUCGCAUUUCAUGCUCAGCUAGCCUCCAUCGUCGAGGUAUUGGCGAAUGCAGCCGUUGCCGAAAUUUGCAAACUUGUAGAUGACGGCCAUGCUGCUUUACGUUUGGAAAUUUCCCAUAGCCAGAAAGAAAUUGAGAAUUUGCGGAGGAAGCUGGUUUUGACUAAAUGUCAGACUUCUCGAAGGAGCGCAGAGAGAUUUGGAGCCCUGCGACGCACAGUUCACAGGCACGUGGACACCAAUCAUGUUGCCCGGGGAAGAGGGAGCUUUGUAGUGAAGUCGACAGGCAGACUUGGAUAUUUGAAGAAUCGUUUUGACGACAUUGAAGAGGGCAACUUCAUGCAGGAUGUCACUACCUGGACAGACGCAGGACGCACAGCGACAGACCAUAAUGGGGGCAUGCAGAUGGCAGAUAUGCAAGAGGAAACUUGUGUCAAAAUGGAGAACCUUGACACCAGUACAAUAGAAGAGAUUGUCCAACCAGUCAGUGAGAGCAGUGAGAAGAUCAUUGUGGCAGAACCAGGUUCUUCAUCAUCUACUGAAACCACAGACCGUCUGGACCAGCAGGGCAACAGACACAGAGCUCCAGACACCUCACUCAAUAUAGAACCUGACAACCAGACGUUCCAGCAUCCAGCAUCACAAUACAGCAGAGCAAGACAGGACCAUCAGGUUGCUGAGGGUGUGACCUGGGAAACUGACCAUCAACCCAUAGAAUACAGCCUGUCCCAAUGGACAGAGAACCAAGAGACUGACAACCCAACUGUGAAUGCUCCUCACAAUGCUGGGCCAGACUCCAAGAGGCUGUCUGAACAUCCAAAGAGGAGAGGGGCGCCAGGUAACUCUGGGGUCAGCAUGUCUGCUUCAGGCUCUCUGGACUGGCUGCCUGAUGUGGUGAUGGUGGACUCAGUUCCCAUUAAAGUGGAGGCAGAUAUGAGUUCAGAAUGGAGCAUAACUGGCCAAGAGGUGACAUCUGGAGAGGUUUAUUCAGACGGCAGGCAGCUUGUGGACAACAGAGGAAGAGGGGGAAUGGAGUCUGGACAGACAACAUGUCCCCCUGACACUCAACAUGCAGAACAAGGGAGAACUGUAGGACCAAGGUCCAAGUUUCCAGAUAUCAAUGGACUGUCCAACCGAAACAGCUUUUCAUCCCCAAGGGUUACUCUCCAACAGGUUCCCCAAAGAGGGAAGCCAGCCCCCUUCCCAAAUUUCAACAGAGGCUCCACUUCGUCACCGAAAGGCAUAGAAAAGCAGCCGCAACAGCUGACGUCUCACUCCAGCAAGAGAUAUCUCCGGUGCAGCCUCUGCGGGAAGCCCUUCCCCCAGGCGUACCUAAGCAGGCACAUGCGGGUCCAUACGGGGGAGAAACCGUACGGCUGCAGCCACUGCACCAAGCGCUUCUCCCACAGCCACCAGCUAAAGAGGCAUGAGAGGGUGCACACCGGAGAGAAACCAUUUCAAUGUGUCUACUGUGGGAAGUGCUUCACCCAGUCCUGUCACAUGAAGAAGCACCUCCUCGUCCACACUGGCGGCAGGCCACAGGACGUUGGGCUGCCCUGAGUGUUCCAGGCUAUGGUUCAGACUAGAUACAGAUCUAGGAUCAGCUUCCUCUCCCACAAUCUUAACCUUGACCAUUAGUGGAUUUUUAAAAUUCUUUAAACUGACCCAACAUCAGCAUCUAAGGGCAACUUUACACUACUCCUCCCAGUGUAAUGAUAGGCAGGGCCUGGAGUUUUUCCUCACCAGGUGACCAGGCCAGGGAAAAACUCCUGGCCCUAGUUGUAAAUGGAAUGUCUCAACACUACUGUGGUUUAUAUAUGAAUACUGGGUCCAUGUGUUUUUCACUUUGAAUGGUUUCCUCAUUGACCGCUUCCCUCUGUGUGUAGUGGUCGUGUUUUCAGGUCAACUGGCUUGAUGCUUGGUCCAACGUGGAUUGAUCAUGUAUAAGUUAUUACAGGUGAAGAUUUUAAAUGUAUUUUAGUCAGUUAGCAGACGCUCUUAUUCAUAGCAACUUACAAGAGCAUUUAGGGUUAAGUGCUGUGCUCAAGGGCACGUUGACAGAUUUUUCAGCCUGUCGGCUCGGUGAUUCCAACCUGCGGCCUUUCAGUUAUUGGCUCAACACUCUUAACCGCUUGGCUACAUCCUUAUGAAUUUUUAUUUGUGCAGUGGGGAACCAAAGUACAAUAAUUAAGACUACAUUUCCAUUAACCUGUCAAUAAGACAGAUUCCCUAUCAGACUGAUAGACUGUAACGAUGUAGAUAGAUUUCAUAUCAUUGUGAACAGAGUUCCGGAAGCACUGGACAGGUGCCUGGGCGAGCAAGGCCUGUUGGUGGUUGAGAGUUUGUUGCUCGUCUCUGUUCGUACUUGGACGCAGGGAUGAGGAGGAGAAAGGCGCAGGGUUCCCAGACGCCAGCAUACUCCUUGCCCUGGAAACAAACCUGGCGACCCAGCAGUUACAAGGAGAGAGAGAGUGCUGACUGGAAUGAGAUCUGAUCCUGAACCCAAGUAGUUACUGAAAGGAGGAGAAGCCAGUACAUUGUGGUUACAGGUCACUGAAGGACAACAUGUUAUUUAGGUGUUUAGCUAUUACUCAAGACUAUCCGAAAUCCCUUUGGCUAUUUAUAUACAGUACCAGUCAAAUGUUUGGACACACCUACUCAUUCCGAAGUGGGCGCCAGAGUGACGCAGCGGUCUUAGGCACUGUCUCAGUGCUAGAGGUGUCACGACAGACUCUGGUUCGAUUCCAGGCUGUGUCACAACCGGCCGUGAUUGGGAGUCCCAUAGGGCUGCUCACAAUUGGCCCAGCGUAUUCUGGGUAAGGGUUUGGCCGGGGUAGGCUGUCAUUGUAAAUAAGAAUUUGUUUUUAACUGACUUGCCUAGUUAAAUAAAGGUUCAAAAAAAUACUUUGAAAGUUUCUUCAAGUGCAGUCGCAAAAACCAUCAAGCGCUAUGAUGAAACUGGCUCUAAUGAGGACCACGACAGGAAAGGAAGACCCAGAGUUACCUCUGCUGCAGAGGAUAAAUUCAUUCGAGUUAACUGCACCUCAGAUUGCAGCCCAGAAUAAAUGCUUCAGAGUUCGAAACAUCUCAACAUCAACUGUUCAGAGGAGACUGAAUCAGGCCUUCAUGGUCGAAUUGCUGAAAAGAAGCCACUGCUAAAAGACACCAAUGAGAAGAAGAGACUUGCUUGGGCCAAGAAACACGAGCAAUGGACAUGACUGGGGGGAAGUCUGUGCUUUGCUCUGAUGAGUCCAAAUGUGAGAUUUUUUGUGAGAUGCAGAGUAGGUGAACGGAUGAUCGCCGCAUGUGUGGUUCCCACUGUGAAGCAUGGAGAAGGAAGUGUGAUGGUGUGGGGGUGCUUUGCUGGUGACACUGUCUGUGAUUUAUUUAGAAUUCAAGGCACACUUAACCAGCAUGGCUACCACAGCAUUCUGCAGCGAUAUGCCAGUCCCAAUAAGUGCAAACUAGAUGGGAUAUCAUUUGUUUUUCAACAGGACAAUGACACAACACACCUCCAGGCUGUGUAAAGGCUAUUUGACGAAGAAGGAUAGUGAUAGAGUGCUGCAUCAGAUGACCUGGCCUCCACAACCCAAUUGAGAUGGUUUGGGAUGAGUGCCCAGCAUAUGUGGGAAAUCCUUCAAGACGGUUGGAAAAGCAUUCCUCAUGAAGCUGGUUAAGAGAAUGCCGAAGAGUGUGCAAAGCUGUCAAAGCAAAGGGUGGCUACUUUUAAGAAUGUAAAAUCUAAAAUAUAUUUUGAUUUGUUUAACACUUUUUUGGUUACUACAUGAUUCCAUAUGUGUUAUUUCAUAGUUUUGAUGUCUUCACUAUUAUUCUACAAUGUAGAAAAUAGUAAAAAAUAAAGAACCCCUGGAAUGAGUAGAUUGGUCCAAACUAUUGACUGGUACUGUAUUCUGUAUUACAUUUCAAAUAUAUAUUUUUCUACUGUUACAUUGUUUAGAAUUAGAGUGCAUUCUCAUUGUGUGCUUCAGUUAACCCGUAGCCUACUCUUUGAUUUACUAAGUUUUACUAACUUGUUUGUUUUAGAUUGUAUGCCUAUUCUGUUUUUUUGUGUAGAACUAAAUAGUAAAAUAAUCAUUUUUGGA